GGGACAGCGGUUGCUCGAGCUCUGUUUGCCACUUGGUGUGUGGCCUUGGGCAAGUUACUUAAUGUUUCUGAGUCUUGAUUUCCUCAUCAGUGAAAUGGCAAUGAGAAUGCAAAGGACAUGGUGUCUGGGGCUGCUUGGGCCAUAAUGGGCACAAAGCCAGGUGAAUGAGGCCCUAGAUUUCCUGCCUGAGAAGCUACACAACCCACAUGUGACCCCCAAACAGUAUUUGGCCUAUUCCUUCAUAGAAGUGGCACGGGAUAAAUGAUACAAGGCUGUCUCCAGAAUUCAGAUUCAUAUGCAGAGCUCAGAUACCUGGCCUCCAGCAAGGCAAGGCUUAGCAAGUGCCCCAGCAAGAAGCAAAGCUUAAAAAAAAAAAAAGCAUGUGAGAUCUCCAGGGAACUCGGCAGGGGCGUGCCACCCUCACUCACGUGGCUGGGGCCGUGCCAUGAGGGCAGGGGCCUUUGUGCUCUCAAGAUAGCGUGGGGUGGUCAAGGGAGGCCUCCUGGAGGAAGAAGGCCAGAGGGAGAAGGCCCAGUGCCCUGAGGAGCACGUCUCCGCAGGUCCUCGGAGUGUCGGCCCUGGAGCCCGGCCGCGGCCAUGGAGCCUCUGGAGACCCCCGUCAAGGACGGCAUCCUCUACCAGCAGCACGUCAAGUUCGGCAAGAAAUGCUGGCGGAAGGUAUGGGGUCUACUCUAUGCAGGAGGCCCCUCGGGCGUGGCCCGGCUAGAGAGCUGGGAGGUCCGGGAUGGCGGCCUGGGGCCAGCAGGUGACAGGUCUGCGGGGCCUGGCCGGCGAGGAGAACGGCGGAUCAUUCGCCUGGCUGACUGCGUGUCUGUGCUACCGGCUGAUGGUGAGAGCUGCCCCCGAGACACUGGUGCCUUCCUGCUCACCACCACGGAGCGAAGCCACCUGCUGGCCGCAGAGCACCGCCAGGCAUGGAUGGGCCCCAUCUGUCAGCUGGCCUUCCCGGUGAGCACAGGGCAGGGCACAGGGGAGAGUUCCUCAGGAUCUGGGGAGGCAGAGGCUCCGCAGAGGAGCCUGGUCCCCAUGGAGGAGAACUCCAUCUACUCUUCCUGGCAGGAAGUGGGCGAGUUCCCGGUGGUGGUGCAGAGGACGGAGGCAGCCACCCGCUGCCAGCUGAAGGGGCCCUACCUCCUGCGGCUGGGCCAGGACGCUAUCCAGCUGAGCGAACCGGCCAACCCGCAGGCGCUCUACACCUGGCCCUACUGCUUCCUGCGAAAGUUCGGCUCCGACAAGGGCGUGUUCUCCUUUGAAGCCGGCCGCCGCUGCGACUCGGGCGAGGGCCUCUUCGCCUUCAGCAGCGCCCGCGCCCGCGACCUGUGCGGGGCCUUGGCCGCCGCCAUUGCCCGCCAGCGGGAGCGGCUCCCGGGGCCCCGGCCCUGCCCUCUGCCGCGGGCCACCUCGCUGCCCUCGCUGGAGCCUCCAGGCGAGCUGCGGGAGGGGCCCCCGCGGCCCGAGGCGCCCGGCUCGCGGAAGAUGCGCGCGGCCGAGCCCGGGCCACAGAGUCUGCCGCCGCUGCUGGGCCCCGCGGUCUCCGAGGAGCCGCCAGCAGUGCUCUACGCGUCCGUGUGCAAGCGGGCCAGCGUGCCCCCGAGCGCCGCUGCCGAACACCUGUACGAGAACUUGUGCGCGCCCGACGCCGGCUGCCGGAAGCUGGUGGAAGAGGGCCCGGGCGGCGGCAACCCCCCGGACAGCCCCAUCUACCACAACAGCCAGGACCUGGGCUGGCCCGGCGCGGCCCACGACAGCAGCCUGGAGGCCCAGUACCGGCGGUUGCUGGAGCUGGAGCUGACGGAUAACGGCGACGAGGCCUCGGGAUCUGGCCGCCCGGGUGCGCACUCAGGCUUCAAGGCCAAGCUGGUGACGUUUCUGAGUCGAGAGCGGAAGAAGGGCCCGGCCCCUUGCGACCGGCCCUGAACCACUUGGCGUGGCCGACCGAGGAGAGGAGGGCACUCUCCCUGGGGCAAGAGGGCAGGGGGGACAACCGACAUCUGGGGACGCAAUCCUCACACUCACUCUAGCCUGGAGUGACAAGGUAGGAGGCCUGGGGAGGCCCCCCACCCGACCCCCGUGUAUAGUGUACAGAUUUGCUGGUAAUAAAGCCUUUUUAGUUCUCUCUGUCCA